CCAGGCGGAGACUGGGGCGCGGAGCGGAGGAGCGGAGGGAGCGGAGCCAUGGCCCCGCCGCUCGCCGUCCUGCGGCUGUUGCUGGGGCUGCUUCUGGGCCGUGGAGUCGGCUCUGGGCUGCGGGAGGAGCUGACCCACGUCGAGCGGUACGAGACGGCGGUGCCACAGCGCGUACCGGCGCCCCUGGCAAAGAGGGACCUCUCUGUGUCACCGAGCACGUACCCGGAACAUGUCCUCUACAGUGUCCAUGCUGAGGGCAGGGACUACCUGCUGCACCUGGAGAAGAACAGGGAGCUGCUGGGACAGCAUUACACUGAGACGCACUAUCUGGCUGAUGGCACUGAAGUCACGGAGAAGCCAGAUGUCCAGGACCACUGCUUUUACCAAGGCCACGUUGAGGGGCAUGCCAACUCCGCAGCAAGCAUCAGCACCUGUAGUGGGCUCAGUGGCUUUUUCCGGGUGAAUGAGACCACCUUCCUGCUAAAGCCUCUGGAAGAGCACGAGGCCGGCCGGCAUGCAGUGUACAGAGCAUCCCACCUGCGCAUGAAACGCAGUGCCUGCCUGGAGGCUGCCUUGGAGUAUGACCACGACCCCAAGAUUGCUGCACCCCUGAAGCUCUAUCGCUGGAAAUCAGCCCGCUUGCACAGAGGGCCUCGAUAUGUGGAGCUGGUCCUGGUUGUGGACAAUGAGGAGUUCAGAAAGUACAAGGACUUGCACAAAGUGCAGAACCGCAUGAAAGAAAUCGUCAACCACGUUGACAAGCUUUAUCAACCUCUUGGCCUGCGUGUGGCAUUGAUUGGCUUGGAGGUGUGGAGCAACAGGGACAAAAUCACUGUCAGUCGCAAGGCAGAGGAGACACUGGAGAACUUCCUUCGCUGGCGGGAGACAGACCUACUGAAGAGGAAGCAGCACGACAAUGUCCAGCUGAUCACGGGUAUAGACUUCCACGACACGACUGUAGGGCUGGCAAAGAAGCUUGCUAUGUGCACCAGGGACUCAGGAGGAGUUAAUCAGGACCACAGUGUGGAUCCUAUUGGUGCUGCAUCCACCAUGGCUCACGAGAUGGGACACAACCUGGGAAUGUCUCAUGAUGAAGACAUUGCUAACUGCCACUGUCCUGUCAUCAAAGAACAUGGAGGAUGUGUUAUGGCAGCAAAGAUCAGCUUGGCUUACCCCAGACUCUUUAGCACCUGCAGUGAGCAGGACAUGUGGCAGUUCCUUGAGGACCCCAAGACCAUCUGCUUGCUGAAUGUCCCUGGAGCAGACAAGCUGUAUGGGGAGCCAGUGUGCGGGAACCAGUUUGUAGAGCGGGGAGAGGAGUGUGACUGCGGCAGGCCAGAGGAGUGCUCCGACCGCUGCUGCAAUGCCACCACGUGCCAGCUGAGAGAGGGGGCUGAGUGUGUGCGGGGCGACUGCUGCCAGGACUGCAAGGUGAAGGCUGCUGGCGUUCUGUGCCGGGCCAGCAAGAAUGACUGCGACCUUCCAGAACACUGCACCGGCCUCAGCUCCGAGUGUCCAGAGGACGUCUUCCAGGAGAAUGGGAUCCCCUGCCAGGGUGGCCAUGGCUACUGCUACAACGGGGCCUGCCCCUCACAUGCUGAGCAGUGCCGCCUGCUCUGGGGCGCAGCAGCUCAGGUGGCUCCUGAUGAAUGCUUCAAGCACAACAGCAGGCAGGAUCGUAACCUCCACUGCAUGACUGAGUCUGGGAGGAGGCCCUGCAGCCCCAAGGAUGUGAAGUGUGGCACGCUGCUAUGCAUGAGUGACACCAGCAGCCCCACCCUCGGCACCGGCUUCUUCAUGCUCUCCUUUGGCCGCUUCAAGUGUAAAGCAGCCCUUGAUAGCAGUGAUGCCAACGAGAUGACAGGCAGCCUCCAGCUGGUGCCCACUGGCACCAAGUGUGGGGAGGAGAUGGUGAGCACUGCAGGGAUGCACCAGGGAGGCAGAGGUGGCUCCCAGCCAAAGGGCCACACUCAUAGCCCCCUGCUGGCCCACAGGUCUGCUAUGCUGGGCGCUGUCAGAACCUCCUGGUCUAUGGCAAGAAGAACUGCUCAUCUAAGUGCAGUGGCCACGGGGUGUGCAAUCACAAACGGGAGUGCCACUGUGAGCUGGGGUGGGCACCACCGUACUGCCAGCACAAAGUUUUGGAGCUCACGGCAGGUAGAAUGUCCUGUGCUGGGAUGGGGAUCAGGGUUCUGCUGGGCAUCCCUAGAAAAGUGGACCCCAUCCCAAUGCCGACUGGCUCCCUGCAGGGACCAGCAGCGUGGUCCUGACGGCCGUGCUGGCUGUGCUGGUGCUGUCCAGCAUCCUGAUCGGUGGAGGCACUGUGCUGCUCAGAGGCAAGGGGAAGAAGUACUUCCAGAAGGGGGGGAUCUCCAGCAGACCUGCCACAGGCAUCACCAACCUGCUCUUUCAGGAGGGCACCCGGCCACACCAGCUGUCCCGCCAUGCCAUCGGCAGCCCCAGCCUGCUCAGUACUACAGUGGCACUACACAAUGCCCAGCCCCUUGUGCCCAGCUGCCCGCUCCUGCAGGAGAAGUGGAAGCCAUCCACCAAACCUCUGCAAGCUCCGGAAACCAAGCAGGUAGCUGCCACCUGUCCCUAAGUGCUGGUACUGGGAGCAAGUUGUGGCUGGUGCCCCAUGGGCAGCCACCUCACUUCUCUCACCCCUUGCCACCCCUGCCAGCCCUGCGAUAUAGCAGUAGAAGUGCUGCCGCCAGCUCCUCUUGCCAAGCCCCUGACACUCUUGUUCCACCCAUGUGCUAUCCCAGCCCUGCCCCAGGUGAGCUGCACCUCAUGCCCCUCCUAUCUCCUCCCUGGGGACCUGGUCUCCACCAACAUCCCCACCUUAUUGCAGCGAGGUGUCCCUCCCAAGGUGGCCCUGAAGCUGCCACCAAGCAGGAGGUGACAUGGGACAGCAGAGCUGUGGGUUCUGGCAUUUCGGCAGGAUGGCAGAGGACCACAGAGCACCACUGGUACUUGAAUUGCUCACCAGACACCCUGGACAGCACCCGUGUUUAUAGACUUUUUUGUGCCUUAAUGGAAUGGUAGCUUUAUGGGUUGCCCAGACAGCCAUGAGCUGGGGGACCAGGAGCUGAGACACCACCAAAACCACUCUUGCCCACAGAAAAUCACCAAAAGGAUGUUUCCUGCUCUCCUCUUUGCCCCACUCCCUAAGUCCCUCCUGAUGCCUGCUCUGAUUUGGAGGCCAGCCCCGAGCCUUUACUGGGUGCCCUGUGCCCUGCUACACUGAAGAUGGCCUGCUCCUCCCACCCUGUCCCUGCUGGGGCCACAGCAGGGAGCUCCUGAUUCCAAGCACACUAGGGUGGCACAAGGAUGCUGUGCUUGCACUGUGUCAAGCCAGGCCUGGCUUCACAGGAGCAGUCCUCCUUAUCUGGUUCUUAGCUCAGGCUCCCACUCUCCUGAAACAAGACUUCCCAGGAGCAUUUUACCCCAGCCAGCUGUUAAUUUCUGAUUGUUAUGUGACUGUUUUGAGCCCUUUGCUGUGGAACUGUGGUCCUCCUCAUUUUUUAUAUGAUUUAGGCCAAAUUCUUUUAUACAAAUAAAGACUGAAGAUAGCAGUGGCUCGGGGUGUUG